GAUGAUUACUCAACGUUUCUUUCCUCGGAGUCAGUCGUUAUCGCCACGUAAAGGUCCACGUUCGCCUUUUGCAUACAGAUUUCUACCUAUCUGACAAUUUUAACCUCCCAGUUGAAGUCUAACGGUCACCUUUACCAUGCUCUGCUCUAGGAUUUUUCUCCGAGUUAACCGCUUCUUUUAUGACUGAACAAAUAAGCACUCUUCCAGUUUCGGUGUAUCACAGCUUUGAUUAUCGGAAAGAUGAAUCAGUUGCUGGUGAGGUCGGUGAUGAGGCGGUUAGUUUCUGGUGGUACCCGUAACGGUUGCAUAUCGUCUUUGUCAGCGGCGGUAAUGUUCAGAGAAGUUCAUAAGCCGAGUAGUGAGUCAGUUGUGAUGAUGAGUAGCCAGAGGCUGAGAUUCUCUGGUCGGUGGUGGAGGAUGAUGUGCUCCACUACAUCGAAGAAUUCAACGACGUCCUCUGACGUGAGGAAGGAGGACGAGAAAUUGAGUGGUGAUUCUGUGGAGAAAAUGGAAGGGGAAGAAGAAGUAGCUCUUUCCAAUUAUUGGGGAGUCUCGAGGCCAAAAAUUACGAAAGAAGAUGGCUCCGUGUGGCCAUGGAACAGCUUCAUGCCAUGGGAGACAUAUCAGGCUGACUUGUCGAUCGAUCUAAGCAAGCACCAUGUGCCCAAGACAUUCCUUGAUAAGGUUGCUUAUUGGACAGUGAAACUUCUCAGAAUUCCAACUGAUUUAUUUUUUAAGAAAAAAUAUGGUUGUCGUGCAAUGAUGUUGGAAACAGUGGCAGGUGUACCUGGAAUGGUUGGAGGUAUGCUGUUACAUCUGAGGUCACUGCGCAAGUUCGAGCACAGUGGUGGUUGGAUAAAAGCAUUACUUGAAGAAGCUGAGAAUGAGAGAAUGCAUCUGAUGACUAUGGUGGAGCUAGUACAACCUAAAUGGUACGAGAGGUUGUUAGUUAUUGCUGUGCAGGGAGUCUUUUUCAAUUUUUACUUUGUGCUUUACUUGCUGUCCCCCAAGCUUGCACACAGAGUUGUUGGUUAUCUGGAAGAGGAGGCUAUACACUCUUAUACAUUGUAUCUUAAUGAUAUUGAUCGUGGUGAAAUUGAAAAUGUUCCUGCUCCUGCAAUAGCAAUUGACUACUGGAGACUGCCUAAGGAUGCAACUCUAAAGGAUGUUAUCACUGUCAUCCGUGCUGAUGAAGCUCAUCAUAGAGAUGUUAACCAUUUCGCAUCUGAUAUCCAUUAUCAAGGAAAGAAACUGCAGGAGGCAGCUGCUCCUAUUGGUUACCAUUAAAUCUUCAAAUUAUUCUGCUUUGCAUUGUUUCUUUCUUUUUUCUGUGUGUGUGUUAUGGACCAUGGCCCAAUCAAAAUAAGGAGAGUCUCAGUGGGGCAUUUCUAAUUAGUCAUGAAAUCCUCAAAUAGUAGCAAAAGUAUGGAUUGAACUACUGCUCUAUCCUCUGGAUAGUUGUAUAUAUGAUAAACAUGUGCUUUGCUCUUCAAAUUUUGUAAUCUUAACAGGAACACAAAUGAUUCCUCCAAAAAUUUUGUGAAAUGGAUUUAUUUUAUGACACGCAUGCCGGGAAACCUAUAUCUCCAGAAAUUCACAGAGAAAUGCCAGGAUGUCCAAAAUUCUAAGAAUGGCACACAAGUUCUUCUAAAGCAGAAAGGCCAUGAAAUCACUCAGAAUUGGAAUGUAAUAUCGGAUUUUCAUGUUCAUUCCUUUGAAAAAUCUGUGCACUUCAUCAAGAAGGGGCUUACAAUCUCCAGGAUCUGUCACUGCUGUAUAAUGACAAUCGGAGCAAAGUUUCCGACCAUCAUUCAGAGUGAUAUACUUCAGGUCUCCUAUCUACAAAUAGCUGCAGCACUGAGGAGUUCCAUCAGAUGUAUGCUUAUCACAGUAAGUUUGGCCCCAGUAUGUACACCUUGACCAAUCCGAGCAAAUCUGUACCAAACAUAACAUAAGUAUCAGUUUCCGAUGGUGUCAAUAUGAUCAAAUGGAAAGCAGAAAAAGUCGUGGCAAAAGGUACUGCAGAAUAGUAAGAAUUUAGUUCUUGGAAGAAUUAUCAAGAGAGCAAACAGAAGCAUGACUUAGAUUUUGUUUGCUUUGCAUGUAUAGCUAAAGAUAAUUUAUUCAUUGUUGAUCUAGCUAGAAGCACUUGAAUUGUGUUACUCUUACCUUGAUGCAUGGACAAAUGGAUUUAACUCCUUGAAAAGUUUCCACCAUUUC